AUGCCUCUAAUAACGAAGUCUGAUGCGUCUAGGAUACAGUCCGCCCAGGCACGUGGAGGAAAAGACAUGUCGUCAAGUGGGUUCGCGGCUCGUGCCCAAGCCGCCGGAGAUCGCAGCAGCAAUAUCAAGAACACUGGCAAUAUCAAGAACACUGGCAAUAUCAAGAACACCGGCAACACUGGCACUCAAUUCCUUGGCCAGGGUAGCAAAGGCGGAGCCUCUGGCAAAUGA